GGCUGCGUGAAGGAGAAGGAAGACGCGUGAACUUGAACGCAGCCUUGUCAGUCCAGUCCACGCAGGGGAGGAGACGGCGAGUAAGCACACGCAGGCCAGUCCAUCUUAUCGCACAGCGAGCACCUGGACCGAACCGGCUUUUGUUUUUCCUCCCUUUUUUCUCAGUGUUUGCUUGAUAUUGUAGUUUUUUGUGUGUGUGUGUGAGGGGGGUAGCGCGGAGGCAUCGACGCGAUGUCCAGACGCAAACUUGGCAGCAGACCGCAGCACCUGAGUGCAAUUCACGAAUCUCCUGACACAGCGGACGGAGGUGCCCUCCUGCCACAGGACCACCUCCCGACCCCGCACAUCCUGACACCCGACGGUGGCGGCGACCUCUUGACCUGCGGCCAGUGCAGCCGGGCCUUCCCCCUGGCGCACAUCCUGGCCUUCAUCCAGCACAAGCAGGGCGGCUGUCUUCCCCGAAACCAAGCUUUGGAAGCUGGCGCCGCGCCCCGCUCGCCCGCCCACCGAGCCCUGCAGCGUCAUUGCGCCUCCGACGGGACCCUAACGGCCGCCGUCGCAGCGCUGGGGCAGGGCUUCAUCGAGCUCAGGAGGGAGGAGGCGGAGGCCAGGGAGCGAGCCUGGGGGGCGGAGCUUGGGUUGAAGGUGAAGGUGGAGCCCGGCAAAGCAGGGUCCGAGGAGCCGUCCUACUUCACCUGCCAGCAGUGCGAGGGUGUCUUACCCUCCGCCUGGGCCCUGCUGCAGCACGCCCAGCACGCGCACUCCCUCAGCAUUUACCAGGAGGAGGAGGACGACGAGGACAUCCGAGCCAGUCUGAAGGAGAACAAACCCGCGGCGGCCACGCUGGACCCUCGCCACCUCAGUCAAGCGCUCGCCUCCGCCUUCCAGCCCACCCUGCGCCUGGCUCGCCCCCUUCAGACUCCCGCCGCCGUGCCCCCCAACAACCUGCAGGCUCUGAACUUCUCCGAGCUGCUGCGGGGUCUUGCUGAGGGCACCAACAACAUUAGCAACAACAACAACCCUUCUGUCAGCUCGCCGGGGGGCCUGGCGUUGUCCCCGUCCUCCUCCCCGCCGGCGGCGUCCCCCUUCCCUCAAACGGGAGUCCUCCACUGCGAGCUGUGCGAGCGCAGUUUUCAGACGCCGCGCGCCCUCUCCGCCCACCGCCGGACUCACGCGUGCGAGAGGCCGUACCACUGCGGCGUGUGCGGCCAGGCCUUCGCCCAGAGCGGCCAUCUGGCUCGCCACAUCAGGAGCCACCACCACCGGCAGGCAGCGGGGAGCGGCUAUGAAUCAGCCGAUGCGUUGGCCAUGGACACCACCAGGGGAAGGUUCCAAACGCAGCCAGGGAAGGCCACCAUGGACGUGAGAGCGCAGGGUCCCUCUGAGUUGGACCUGACGGUGCCCAAGCUCCCCGCCGUGAUGCUCCUCCCCUCGCAGGUCAGACCCUCAGAGAGAGAGCUGCUGAGACUCUACCAGAGCCAGAGGGACGGCGGCGAGGAGGAGGCCGAGGCGCAGGGGGACCCCCGGCGCGCCUCACCUUGCGCCAGCCCCUCCGAGGGCUCCCUGGAAAGCGGCGAGACCGGCGGCAGCGGCGAGAGCGGCAUAGCCAGCGGCAACUGCACGCCCAAGCGGCCCGAGAUGAGCGAGCGGCCCGAGAUCAUCGACUUCAGCUCGGCCAAAGUCAGCGAGGCGGUGCAGGAGUGGCAACGGGAGAACGAGCGGAGGAGCACCGGCGGAGGGAGCGCCGUCGGCGCCCAGUCCGUCCCGGCCGUCAAGAAGAAGAAGGACGAGGCCUGCGAGUACUGCGGAAAGCAGUUCCGCAACAGCAGCAACCUGACGGUGCACCGCCGCAGCCACACGGGCGAGCGGCCGUACCGCUGCGGCCUGUGUAGCUACGCCUGCGCCCAGAGCUCCAAGCUAACGCGGCACAUGAAGACGCACGGUGCCCAAGGAGCCAAAGCGCCUUUCCUGUGCCAACUUUGCGCCGUGCCUUUCACGGUCUACGCCACCCUGGAGAAGCACCUGAAGAAGGUGCACGGCCUCAGCCACGCCAGCGUGGGCGCCUACGCCCAGGCCAGCGCCGCAGACACGUUGAAGGCCGAAGAGGCGCCGGAGGUUGUGAAGAUGGAGGAGGAGGAAGCCAGUCUGGAUCAGGUCGCCGAUACGGACAGGGAAGAACAUCGGCGGGAGGAGCGCACGGGAAGUCCAGCUCCCGUGGCUUUGACUCCAGCUCCCUGAGUGCAAACUCAACUGGACUGAACAGGCCCCUACCAUCAAAAAAAAGAACCCACGCAAAACAUGGGUAGAAAAGUAGCAGAACCGAAGCAAUUGUAUGCAAAAAGAAAAACGAAAAGCUCCGGGCUGAGAAAGUGCCUCUUUGUUUGACCUCAGAACAAAACGGUGACAUUCAACAGGGACAUUUGCAGAGCUGCAGAACAGGAAGUGAGCUACCACAGUCCACGCCGACACAGGAAACCAAGUUGCAGGUGAUGCAAAGGCGCCAUUUUAUCGCUCUUCCGUGCGACCCGCCGGACAGGCGGCCAUCACAUCAUCCAGAUGAUUGACGCUAACGGAUAUGUGCGCAGAUUUUCUUUUAAAGACUCGGCAAAUAACUUCUGCUGUCUUGCUGGUCUCAAACGUCGCGUUUACCGCCCUCCCGGCGAGGUUGCGCUCCUGACUUCUUGCGACAAAUUCGAGUAGACCUUCUGGUGUGAGCUUUUUUUUUUCAGGAUUACUUUCUAUGCAGCAAAAGUGAAAUUCUCUUCCCCCUGUUUAUUACCUUUCUGUCCUCGUCGUUUACAUUUAUCAAACGCCCGGCUGUUAGGAGCCUGUGCAUGUUUUGCAGCUGUUAUUAUUUCCUGGUUCCGAGUGUUUGUGUGUUUUAAAAUAAUUUGUAAUUUAUGAACGUUGCACCUUGGUGCUUGUGGAAGUGAGAGUGGAGAAGGGCACUUGAGUGAGCGAGCACUUGUUUUUCACUAUGCGUGUGCGUGCAAGGACUUGAAUUGUGUCCCACGCGUCCUUUUGGAUCAUUGUGUCGAGAAGAACUCAAGCAAACCUUGUCUGCAUACACGUGCGACUGAGCGUGUGUGUGAGAAACUGUGUGUGUGCAAGAGAUAGUGUGGGAGUGUGCGUGCGUGAAAGGAAACUGCGUGGUUCGUGUGUGACUGAAUGAGUGGGCUGAGAAACUCUCCGAGAGAGUGCGCGAGUGUCAGAGACAAAGUUUGUGCGCGUGCGCGUUAGCGUCUACCUGUGACAGUGAGAAUUGCGCAUGCGCGCAUUUGUGACCACUGUGUAUCCAUUAUCAGGGACAGCAACAAAAAGAAACUGUGUGUAAAAGCAGUGUAACUGUUCAGGGAUCUUAUUUUGUACAUAGAUUGACAAUCUUGCUGUUUUUUUUUGUUCUUCUUAACUGCCUGUCGCUGUUACAUGCCUCCCCAAACGUCUCCUGCUGAUUGUUUCCCUUUAGACUCAGUACUUGCUUGUCCGACACUGUUUUGGAACCUCAAUAAAAAGAUGAGGUGUA